AUGGCUGCUAAUGUCACCCCUCAGGGUUGCGGCCCUAACUUGGACUCCCUUUAUUACAACCUGUGUGAUAAGAGCGCGGUGUGGGGCAUCGUUCUGGAGGCCUUCGCCGGCGCAGGCAUCGUCUUCUCCUUCGUGCUUUUCAUCUCGCUGCUGGCCAGCAUCCCCUUCACGCAAGACAAGAACCGCAAGACUUCGAUCCCCCUGGACGCCUUCUUCCUGGUCUGCACCGCCGGCCUCUUCUGCCUCACCUUCACCUUCAUCGUGGGGAAGGACUUCUCCACCUGCGGGUCACGGCGGUUCCUCUUCGGGGUGCUGUUCGGCGGCUGCUUCGCCUGCCUCCUCAUGCAGAGCGUGAGGCUGAACUUCCUCGCCAGGCAGAACAGCGGACCCCCAACUUGGGCUUUGUGUCUGGGGGCGUUGGGGUUGUGGUUGGUGGAGGUGGUCAUCAACACCGAGUGGUUGAUCAUCACGGUGGUGCGGCACCCGCUGAGGCCGAUGAACGCCACGGACGGCAGCAGAGCCGCAGCUACGACAUGCAACAUCGCCAAUGAGGACUUUGUCAUGGCGCUGAUCUACGUGAUGACCCUGAUCUUGGCUGUGGUCGUUGCAAGUCUGGUCGUCAUGGGCGGCAAACACAACCAGUGGAAGAAGGACGCCGCCUGUAUCUUCCUCACAAGCUUCCUCUCCGUUGGGAUUUGGGUGGCUUGGAUCGUCAUGUACGUCUACGGGAACAUGAAGACCGGCGGCCCGUCAUGGGACGACCCGACCUUGGCCAUCGCUUUGGUGGCGAACGCGUGGGUGUUCCUCAUCGUUUACACCAUCCCUGAAAUCUGCUGUUUGACCGACGAGGAAGAAAACCAGCAGGGGUUCGGGGAGGACCUGUACCCGAACAGAGGAGUGGGCUACGAGACGAUCCUGAAGGAACAGAGCUCCCAGAACAUGUUCAUGGAGAAUAAAGCGUUCUCGAUGGACGAGCCCAACCAAGGUAAGACAUCUCAAACCUUCAUUUACAUUAUUUAUUUUAACACACCUGGGACUCAGGACUUUUAUCUGCUAACAGCUGAUAGCUAAAACCUCUUCUGAUGCAGACAAACCCGCGCUGUCUCUCAGGCGUGGCUCGAUGUAAAGAUCGGCAUGUUCCCACACUCCCACUUUGGUCAGUGACGGAAUAAUCGGAGGGGAGUGUCAGCUCAGAAACACGUCACUUUGUGUUCCUCUGGUUAGUCACUCAGUAACUCCCUGAUUACAUAUCAGACAAAGUCAAACAGGAGUUUCACCAAACUGAGUAUCAGGGCUGGAAAUAGAUUCAAAGUCUCUGCAUUGGCUUCCAGUCUCUUUUAGAACUGGUUUUAAGUUUUUUUACUGGUUUACAAAACUCCAAAUGGUCUCGCUCCAACUUCUCAGAUCUGCUUUUAUCAUUCGAACCCUCUGAUCCUCAGAUUUACUCACAGAGGAAGUUUUUUAUGAUUAAGAGGUCUACCUGAAGACCUGAAGGCGCUUCAGCGUGUCAGUAUCAACUCUCUAGUCUCGCCUUUAACAGAGUUUUUCAUCUUUUACAUUAAGUUUAAACUUUGAGUUUGUUUUGAGACUUAAUUAAUUACUAGGCAUGGGUUAUUUUUAGGGCUGCAGCUAUCAGAUAUUUUAGUAAUCGUAUUCUACCGAAUCUUCCAUCGAUUAACCGAAUUAUCGGAUUAAACAUGAUUUUUAAAACAGUGACGAUUUGAGUUUACAAACGAGAACUUCAGGCAGAGAAAACUCCUCCAUCAGUUUUUGGAAUUGUUUCAACACGAGUUAUUUUACGAUUUAAACUUUUGUUUUAGAAAGUCACAGUUUUUCAAGAGUGUCCCGGCCUUUAGCCUAACUGUUCGACAAGUCGCUAACCUCGAGUCACUCAGGUAACCAGGAAGCUAAACCCUCCUCAGGUGACCAUCACAGGAAGAGAGAAGCACCUUUUGAGGACAGAUAUUAGUGCGUAAACAUUAAAAUAACUGGAUUAACACAACAUUAUUGGGAUUAUUUGAUCUUCCUGUAUCAACUUUAGAUUUUAAUCUUUAAAUCAGUUUUAUUUCUUUUAUUAUUUUUGAUUUUCAGGGAGUCUCAGCCAAAAAAGAGUCAUAUUUCCCUGUCGAAUCUCCUCAAAAGGUUGUUUUUGCAUCUUUGUGAUGACCCCACAGAAUCUGAGACGCGGCUGUUAAAGUCCUGAUGCUGCAGUAAAAAACAGAAAAACAACAGAUCCAGAACACGGAGCGCAGCGGUGUUUUUCCUCUCAGGUCCAGGCCGAUCAUUAGGAGAGCCGGUGGUUAAGAUGGAGGUAAUCAUAGAGGACGAGGUGGAGAGAGGCUGUUAGAGCUCAGGGAGGUUUUUUCACUCUCUACUGUAUCUGAGCGUCUGAAUUUAUCAAACAUUCAUCUGUGUUCACCUUCAUCCAGUCAGGUUGUCCCAAAAUGGAUCAGAGAAAGCAACACAGUCGAACUCUGAGACGACACAGAAAAAAUAUCAGCGUAAGAUGCUCUUUUAAAACCUCGAUUCAUAGUCUGAAAAGCUGCAAAAAUACCUUUUAUAUAGUUCUGGACUCCACAAACAGAGUUAAACUAAUAAAAAUAAGUCGAUUAUGAACUUAAAGGUUUACAAAAAAACAAGUAAAAGUUUGAAGUUUUGAACAUCAGAAGAAACUUUUGCACCAAAUAGUAAAAUCGAUUCAAUUUGAAACGUCGACGAAUUUCCGUUUUUAACAACAUGCUUCGACACAAAUACACUCCUAUAAAUCAGGACUAAUUAAUGUGAGUCUCAGGUACGAACACUGACAAACUUUCACUACAUUAGUUUAAGGUUAAAGUCAGUAUUUGUUAGUGUCCAAUUUUCUCCAUACUUGUUCUUAUUGUCAGGUUAGGAGUCUGAACCAGUCCUGAGGCAGAAAACCGUCAGCUUUGAGUCAGGUGAUGUUUCAGUAAAACCUCCUAAGUCUCCACGUCCUUAUUGGUCGCUGUCGUCGACCUGCGGCGCCUCAUUGAACAUCUCUGAUGAGCGCUCCAGCUUUAACCAGUCAGUCUGUUCACAUUUAAACCUGAUAACUGAAAACAUCACGAUCAAACCUGAGCGUGAAAUGAGAGCGAACGUUUGUGUCGACCUGAUGGAAAACUAAAACUCUAACAUGACAGUUUUUAGUCGUCUGGUUUCAGCUCGAACGUCAUGACAACCCUCAAAGUGAACUUAGAGGUAUCUCUCUGUAUCGCCUUUGACCAAUCGAUCAAUAAUAGUAACAUUGACGACCUUAUCAGACGCCUGAACACGCCGUUCUCUCAGAGUUUAAGUCAACACUGAGAGGGAACGUCACUCUCCUCUGAAUCAGUCCUGUUAAUGAGUUUCUAACACACACACACACACACACACACACACACACACACACACACACACACACACACCCUAAUCUGCCUCUGAUUCCCACCAGAAACAUCACAUCCUGUGUUUGCAUUGUCUCCAUGGCAACCGGGGUGUGGCAACAGUUUCAUCCAGGGGAAAUGUUUGACAUCAGGCGACUGAUGAGGAGGUUUUAGAGGACGGCCCUGAAGAUAACCCCGAGGAAGCUGAUUGGUUAACAGUGUCUUUGGUCUCUGUUUGUCACAGGGUCCAAACCCGUGUCCCCGUACAGCGGCUACACGGGUCAGCUGAGGAGUUCGGUCUACCAGCCCACAGAGCUGGCCCUCAUCACCAAAGCUGUGGGAAACGUGAGUGUGUGAAUGAAACACAAACACACACACACACACAAACACACACAAACACACACACAAACACAACACACAAACACAAACACAAACACACACAAACAUCCACCUGUAUCCUGUCGUAUGUAAAUAAUCACUGAAACCAAAGAGAUCAAACUGAAACCUGAGCGGGACAGUUCUCAGGAAGUUUGUCACUUCUGUCUGUUCGACCUCAGAAAGACGAGAUGAUACAGGAGAUUCACUUAAAGGGACAUUCUGGUGUAAAAUGAAGUUAGUGUCAAACACACCGAGACACUGAGAUGAAUGUUGUCGACCGCAGAUACACAGCUGUCUGAGGAGCCCUAAACAAACCUCACCUCGCUGUGGUCUGUAUUUCUAUCCUGUAGUUUUUACUAAAGUUUGUGUAACUAGAGAAACAAGCGGUCGGCAACAUUCAUCCGAGCAGAGCAGGAAGUAUCGUCUUCUUGUUAAUGUCACUUUUGUCGUUUUUAUGCAAAAAUGUUUCAAGAAGAAAAUGUGGGUCACUGCAGGAUUUUCCUGUUUCCAGGUUUGACACAGAGUUGACGUCGUUUAUCUGAUAUUUGUUCCUGAUAUAAAAGGUCUGUCAGUUUGACUGUGGUCUGGUUUUAUCAGUAUAUUUAUCUAUUUUAAAGUCUGAGAUUAGGGAGCAGAUCGAUCACAAACUGAAGGACUUUAAGGAGUAAAAGUGGAACAAAUCUUAAAAUAUCAGAAGUUAGUUUGAAGUUAAAGGUGUAAAGUGACCCUGAGAACCUGGUCUCUGGUGGUCCACACAAAGACCAGCUGAUCACAGACCCCCUCCCUCUUUCCCUCUUUUCGUCACCGGCUGUGUUAUGACUCCACGCAGCACCCCCCGGACACGUCCUUUGACAUGGUCAUUCCCAGAGCGUCCACCAACUCUGCGGCCGACAGCAGGAGCAGCACCCCGUCCACGCACGCCGCGGAGAGCGCUCACACUCAGACAAACGGAAACAGCGUAGGUCGUACCCUGACCUCCUCCUCCUCCUCCUCCUCCUCCUCAGUUCUUCCUCCUCUCUUUAUCUACCUGCUCACCUGCAGAAGCCUCUCUAUUCCCCUGACUCUGUGCAUGCCGGCCGUUUCCAUAGCAACCUCCCCUACAGGUUUUCUCUGAAUCACCUCUUUGUCUGGGCGCUUUUUUUCCUAAUCUAACCUGGUGGUGUUCAGUCUCUGACUCGGUCUGUUAAAUCUGCUCUCUCUCUGGACUCGCUGAACUCUUUUAAAAUGAUAAAAAUGUUUUUGUUUUGACUUUUCGAUGUUCAAACGUUUCCUCAAAAACUUUAUUAUCAGUCAGUGAACAGAAAACUGUCGUCUCCGGACUUUAGGGUGGCUUUGAAAAGUUCUCAGCAGGUUCUCUUUUUGAUUGAUAAGAUUUGCUCCUCAGUAAAAAGAAAACAAGCGUCUAACUUCUCAAAGCCCCUCUCAGGAGUUUCCUCGUCAUGAUCUGUCUCGACUGAACCCCUCGUGUGUCUCUCCUUCUGCAGGGGAAUGGUCUGCAUAGGACGUCUCAGUGGUGA